UGGACUGUGCAAAUGGAACGCGUCUCGAGCUACUGCAAGUCGCUCUUGCGUGCAGGGGGCCGAGAUCCUGCCACAUGGGCCGCUGCUGUCUGCGUAUAGGGCGGGCGCCCACAUGGUCCUCCACCAGCGGACGCAAGACGAGGAAGCUGGCGCUCCAUCUGCUCGGCGUUGCGAUCUUCCACGCGCGCGGUGGCCCCACGAUUGCCGCGGCUCCGAUCCGCCGCCCGCCAUCCCGGUCGUGCCACGCGCCGCCCGCGUUGCAGCUGUCGCGACCGCUGAUUGGUGCAACUUGAUAGGGGAACUGGCAAAGCAAGGGUGUCUAAUGACUUUUACCUACUUGAACGUCAUGGAGGUCAAACGGCGUAGGUUAAACUGGCGGCGCCGCGCGGAACGCAUACGAUGCAUCCCACCGUCCGUUGCCAUCGCCAUGGUACGUCGAAUAUGCAGACUCGCUUCGACCGCGUCAAGGCGGCAUAUCGCGCGUGCAAUGACGCACAUGCGAGGAAUGGCCGAGUGCGUUAAACCGGUUUGACCCAGAAAAACGCAGCCAAAGCCAGUGCUGGCUAGGCAACCCACAAUCAGACAAGCUUGCGACGACGACGAUGUCGGCGAUUCGAUGGAACCCAUGGGGCGUCAACUACGCCGGGAAGGAGAUCGAGCAGAUGCAGUUCGUGCACCGCGUGUACCUCGAGGCCAUGGGCAUCGAGGCCAUCGACCUGCCGCCGACGCUGCAGAUGAACGCGACGUUCACGGCCCCGCUCUUCGUGCCGACGAAGGCGUCGUUUGACGAGCACACGUUUGUGCGGCAAAUGCAAGGCGUCGUCGGCUUGCUGCGGCAGCCCGCGGAAGAGAUCAUCUCGUGCAUCUGCGGCUACCAAAAGGAGCGCGCCGACCGCUUCCAGUUUGGCUCGGGCUACAUGAACGACCCGCGCACGUUGCUGCUCGAGGAGAUCAAGGAAUGGGCCAUGUCGCGCCUCGCGCCGGCGGCGUGCACAACCGAGUCGGUCGAGCGCGACGUCGAGAAGCGCAAAAACUACAUCACACAGCUCCAAUAUGUGGGCGGCGACCUCUUUGCACCGGGCAGCGGCGAGCGCUCGCUCCUCAAAACGCUCAAGGACAUUCGCGAGAUCCUUGAAAACCGUGUGCUGCCGACGAUUGCGUGCGAGCGCGCGCAGGCGAGCGCAAAGGACCACCUGACCGUCGUGGAGGCGCGCGCGACCGACGCGCUCAUCCACGGCGUCCAGUUCCUCUUCAACGUCUUCCGCAACACGGGCAAUGCGCCGGCCGACUGCACGAUCACGAACCUCCAGUCGCAGCAGCACAGCGCCAUGAAGGACGCGAUGACCUCCAAGUCGGGCCAGAUGCUGCAACUGCUCUUGUCGACGCCGUCGUUCUGCAAGCUUUUCCCCGAGAGCCAUCACCACGUGACGGGCGGCGAGAGCAAGCUCAUGGCGUUGACAAGCGAACAGCAGCUCCAGAUCCAGUCGGAUGCGGUGUUUUGCGACUCGGCCGCGACUGCGAUCGUACCGGCGAUCCUCACGCCCAAGGAAAUGACGCCCAAGGCCUUUUUGACGCAGAGCAACUCGGGCGUCAUUACGUUUUUGACACCGGAAGACUAUGACAUGUACACCAAAAUGCACGGGCUCCUCAAGCUGCUCGCCGACCUCGUCGUGUCGUGCCGCCAAGCGCGCCUCCUCGCUGGCACCGGCGGCGACCUCCUCGUCUAUGGUCCUGGCGGCGCCCACCUGCGCCUCCUCCUCGAAACCAUGCAGGCGGUGCAAAUGGAAAUUGUGCAGUGCGCAACGACGCUCAAGCAGCGCGGAGUCGCCGAGCUUGACAAGCUCCGGUCCUCGUACAGCGAAAAGAACUGGCGCAUUUGCUUCUCACGUGUCUUGGCGCUUGAAACGUACCUCACCAACGACGUCUCGGCGUGCAACGACCCAAUUCGCAAGAUCUGCGAGGCGACGACGCCGGCCUACGUCCUCCAACAAGCCAAGGAAUUCAAAGCCCAGACGAGCAAGUGGGUCGUCGAGAACGCGAGUGCUUGCAGUCAUAUCGCUGAUACGCUGCAUCUCAAGGGCCUUCCUCCGAUGCCCCAGAUUACGUCGAGCCAGAUGCGUACCAUCACGGCAGGCUAGUUUGUCAAGCAUCAACACCAGCAUCGGACGCUGUUAUUUUAUGGUGUGAUUUUCUUGACUUGAUAUUUUUGGGUUCAAGUUGCGCUUUGCCGGCAUGAGAAAAACGUGUGCUUAGUUACACUUUGC